AAAACCGAUUUUUCACUACAAUGCCUCUGGCGAAGUUAUAUUCAUUUCUACACAAAAACAAAUGUUGCUACUAUGCUCAGCGUAGUCGAUUAUCUAUAGUCCAUGGCAUUUUGAGAUUCCCAGAGAUGUCUGCUUGGAGAUAGACACGUCCUCGGGGAAAGCGAGCCCUGCCCGAACGACGAUAGCUAGAGAGCGGGGACUUGCAUAAUUUUGUAGAGUAACGUCCGAACUAUCUACGCAUGCAAAAAAAUUACUAACAUUGUAUGUUAGUUUUCUGAGAACGGAGCUGGUUUUCCAAAGAUCCUCUAAAAACCCGAUCUCUGGAAUUUCUGGAUUUGUUGUUCAAGAACAACAAUUUGCCAUGCUUAUUAAAGCAUGUCAAGAUUGGAAUUAUAUGCUUGAUCAGCGAGCAAUUAUUGAAACGGCACGUACAUAUGUUGAAAUACUCGGUUUAACAUCAAAAUUUGGUAUUGAAGGUGUAAGUCGUCACGUUUGUCAUAUUUUCCAAAAUUUCUAUUUAGGAGUAAGAUUAUAUGAUUCAGAUUGUCCAAUAACGACAAUGACUGGGACAAGGUACAAUAUGACUGAAUCGGGUUGGAUUGACGAACGUGUAUUUUUCGACUGGCUUGAUCGUCUGUUUAUUCCACACAUGGCUCAAUGUACAAAACCAAUUCUUCUAAUUAUUGAUGGACAUUAUUCACAUUUAUCAUCACGUAUUGCAAAAUUAGCUAAAGCAAACCAAAUCCAUUUGUUGUGUCUUCCGCCACACGCAACCACAGCUUUACACCCUUUAGAUGUUGCUGUAUUCCUGUAUUAUUUAAAAUCUCGAAAUUGGCUCAUUGAGUACAGAGCAGUUAGUGAAUUUAUUUGUGCAAAAUAUUUUCUACAAUAUCCUAUGAAAUAUUGCAGAAAAUAG